AGAAAAUGAAACCAGUACAUCUGACGUCGAUCGAUAUUGACGAUAACUUUGUUUAAAAUGGUUAAUAAAAAGGGUAUUAAUAAAACAAAUGGCGGGAAACAAAGCAACCUCAAAUAAGCAAGUGGUUAUUUUUAAUACUACAGUGAGUAGUGAUGAUAUAGGCCUAAUUAACAAGCCUAUCAAGAUUUUGGUAUUCACUACAAGUAACAAUAAUGGCAGAAGAUUCAAAACCUCGAAAUCUGUUUGAUGAUUUUUGCAGUGUAGUUACUGAGGAGAGUUCAGAAAAAGAAUCAACUUCUACAGAAUUAUUUGCUGAUGCCUCCAUUUCAUCAGGACAUAAGGAUAUCAAACAUCAAACUGAAAAAUUAAAAUGUGUAACCGAUUCUAUAAUGAAAAAUACAAAAAAUGUUGCAUUAAAUAUCAUUCACUCAUCUUCCCUUGAUGAAAUUGGCUCAUCACCUAAACCAAAUAAUGAAAUACCAAUCAUAUCUUCAAUUAGCUUUGUUGGAGUUGAACAAGAAAGUGAAAGGAUUGAGGGGAAUGACAUUAUGAAAUUAUCAGACAAUUUAGUUGGUUUUGAUGACAAAGAUGUUGCAUCUUCCAAAAGACAUGCAGAAAAAAAUGCUUCAGUUAUUGUGGACAUCAAAAUGGGAGGAAAUAACCAGAAUAUUCAACAAGAAGAUCCAUCUUUUCAAGAAAACUACAAUCUAGAACUGUCUACGACAGAUGUUUCUGAUUACGAAGAUGAAUCGAAUACAAAAAAUAUUCCAAUAAUAGAACAUUCGAAAUGUGACGAUGAUUUUGACUUGAGUGGGAGUUUCCUUAUAAUUGACGAAUAUAAAUGUGAAGAAAAUAGUGAGGAAGAAUCGGAUAAAACAGAAACUGUUAAAUGUAAGGGUCGCAAAUCAUUAGAAACAAAUGAUAGUAACAGUCAGUCAGAAACCAUUUCCAAAAACGAACAACUAUGUUCAAGUAGUGCAACAAAAAAAAAUGAUAAUGACAUUCAGUUAGAAACAGUUCACAAUAACAGUUCAGAGAGUACAGCUGAUGAUAAGCAGAUAGAAAAGAACAAAAGUAACAUCCAGUCAGCUUCAAGUCCUUUUGACACCAACAACCAAUCAGUGGCAAAUUAUUGUGAUAUUAACAAACAAUUAAGUAAGAAGGAUAAACAAAUGGAAAUUAGAUAUAUUGACAAACAAUUUGAAUCAAAUGAUGAUCGUAUAAAACGGUUAGAAAGAAUUGAUACUGACCGUGUAUUAGAAGCAAUUGAAAGACAAUUGGAGAAAAUUGAUAAAGACAAAUUAGAAACAAGUAAUGUUGAAAAACAAUUAGAAACUAUUGAUAGUGGCAAACCAUUAGAAACUAGUGAUAAUGACAAGUCAUUAGAACCUAACGGUAGUGAUAAAGAAUUAAUUACAUUUGGUAAAGACAAACAAUUGGAUACAAGUCUUAGUAACAAACCAUUACAUGUACAAACUGAUGAUAGUAACACACCAUUACAAACUAAUGAUCAUAACAAAUUAUUACAAACCAAUGAUGUUGACCAGCCAUUAGCUACACAUGCAAGUGAUAGUGACAAGCAUUCAGAAACUAUAGAUAGUGACAAACAAUUAACUACAAAUAUUAGUGACGAACUAUUAGAAACUAAGGUUACUGACAAACAAUUAGAAACUAAGGAUAUUGACAAACUAUUAAAAACUAAGGAUGUCGAUAAACCAUUAGAAACUAAGGAUAUUGACAAACUAUUAAAAACUAAGGAUAUCGAUAAACCAUUAGAAACUAGUGAUAGUAACAAACAGUUAACUGUCAGUUGUGAAAACAAACAGUUAAUCGUGUGUAGUGAAAAUAACAGAUUGGAUGCAAAUGACACUGUCAGUCCAUUAAAAAUUUAUGUUGGUGACAAGCUAGAAACUAAUGUUAGUAACCAACAAACUGCUAGCAAUGUGUGCAAAGAUUUAGCUACAAGUGAAACUGUGAAACCAUUAGAAACUAAUGAUUGUGAUGGUGAAAUAAUGACAAAAAAAGAAGUAGAAACUAUUCAUAAUGAUUUAAUCCAAAAUUUAGGCACAAACUAUGGCCAUGAACAAUUAGAAACAAAUGAAAUUGAAGAACAAUUAAAAACAUGUGUAACUGAAGAACAAAUGGCAACCUGUGGUAUUAACAAAAAUAUAGUUACAAGUGAUGGUGACAAACAAAUUAAAGCAAUACUCAUGGUUGAACAAAUAGCAUCAAUUUGUUAUGACAAUCAGUUAGAAACAAAUGAUAGCAACAAAUCCUUAAAAACAGAUCAUCGCGAUAAACAAAUAAAAACAAAUAUUAGUGAUGAACCAUUAGAAACUAAUGAUGGUAAGAAUCCAUUAGAAACUAAUAAUAGUAACAAUCCAUUUGAAACAAAUUAUAGUGCUGAUCAAUUUGAAACAAAUUAUAGUGAUGAUCGAUUUGAAACAGAUUAUAGUGAUGAUCACAUUGAAGCAAAUAAUAUUGACAAACCGUUAGAAACAAAUGACAGUGAUACUGAUAGUGGUAGUCACUGUAAGUUAUCUGAUGAAACAGUUUGCGAAGAUAAAAUUUCAGAAAUAUGUUACAAAAACAAGCGAUCAGAAAUGAGUCAUACUGAUGAGAACAAACAUUUGGAAACAAACUCUAGUGAAAAAUUGUUAGGAAUAAACAAUGAUACUGAUACUGACAGUGACAGUAACAAACAUCCAAAAACAAGUCAUAAUGAAAGUAAAAAACAUUUGAAAACAAUCUGUGGUGAAAAACUAUUAGAAAUAAACGAUGAACCUAGUGUGGAUAGAAAACAAGGGGAAACAAUUGGUGGUAGUAAACAAUUUGUCACCUUUGAUUGUGAAACCACCUUACUAUCAUGUACCAAGAAAAAAGAUCACGAUAAACAUUUAGGAGAAUAUCAAUUGCCAAAAGCUGUGUUAGAGAGUAACGACGUUGAUGAUAUCACUAUGCUCAGUUAUACCUCAAAAUGUCACAUAAUUGAAAAAGUUAAAACAAUGAAAGGCCCACAAGAUUCUAGUUCAGAAAACCCUUUGUUUGGAAAUAUUGUUAAUGACCCUGUAGAAUAUUGUUUUGAAUCUUCAAAUACAUCAUCUUAUAGUUCUAAAGCAUUAGAAAGUUGUAAAAAUAAAACACAUCUAGUUAUCAAUAAUGAGGUUACCAAAACUAGUGAUUUAACUAAUGAAGUUCCAGAGGGUGACCAUUCUGAAGUUGAAAUGGUGGAUCCAAAUACAGUGGCUCAUAAUUCUAAAGUAUCAGAAAAUCUUGAAAAUAUUCAAGAGGAUUCAGUUCAAAAUUAUGAGAUUACCAAAACUAGUGAUGUAACUAAUGAAGUUCCAGAGGGUGACCAUUCUGAAGCUGAAAUGAUGGAUCCAAAUACAGUGGCUCAUAAUUCUAAAGUAUCAGAAAAUCUCGAAACUAUUCAAGAGGAUUCAGUUCACAAUUAUGAGAGUAUGAAAACUGGUAAAAUAACUGAAUUUUCUGAUAAUGAUCAUUCUUAUGCUAAAUUGGCAGAUCAUAAUACAUUAGUUGAUAAUUAUAAAGCAUCAAAAAAUCCUGAACAUAACACACUUCAAGAGUAUUCAGUUAUCAGUUCUGAGGCUACCCCAAAAAAUAAAGUAACUGAUGUUCCAGAGGAUGACAUUUCUAUUAAUUCUAAUACUGAAUUGGAUGAUUUACAGGAAGACCAUUCUUCUGAUAACCCCUCCAUUGGUGACAGUGAAAAUAUGGAUGAAGAUUUAGAGAGACCAUUUUGUAUUGACUUUUCAGUGGAACAAACAGGUGAUGAUCAGUAUAAAUGCUCCUGUGGAUUUACAGAAACGGAAAAUAGUUUCAUAAAACAUCUUAUUAUACAUCACCUGGUAAAUAAGCCAUACAGAUGUUCCUAUUGUAAAAUUUGUUUAGAGAGAAAGAAAGAUAUGAAGAAACAUCACAAAGAAGCACACCAAAGUAACCCAGAAAGAUGGACCCUAAUUGGUAUCAAAAAAGCUAAGCACAUAUGCUCAGUUACUUCUCAAAGUAAAAGCUAUGUACAUAAACCCAGCAAGACUAGUGACCAAAUUAUUGCAUCAAAAUUGCUACACUUAAAAUCAAGUGAUGAUAUAGACACUAUGUCUUCCAGUGACAGGGAUGUAGUUUUAACCAAUGAGAGACAAUCAAAUGAUAAUGUUAGCAAAGCUGUGACUGAUUACAUCGAACAUCAUAAAGACAGAUCUUUUGGAAAUGCUUGUAUAAACCCAGCCUCUUCCAACAAAAGAAAUAGACUCUCGCUUAAUAGUGGAAGUACAAGUAGCAAUAUAAAGACUUACCAGAACUGUGAGAGCCCUAAAAGUAAAAGUUAUCCUCCUCAAUAUAGCCAAACAUUGGAUGUGCACUGUGGACCUCAUGACAGUGUUGGUAGCCUCCUAUAUGUUCCAGUUUCAAAUGCACUGUAUCUGCUGCCAUUCAAUUCUACAUUAGUGACUUCCACUUCAGUUGUCAAUUCAAUAGGUUCAAAAGCCUCUGAAGCAAUCACACAAACUAGGGAUCAUCCCAGUGCUGCUGUAGCUUCAAAAGCAUCUGAAUCCAACUCUCAUAUUUGUACUACUACUACUGGUGGUGUUGCGGUUGCAGAAUCAAUAAACACAAAUGCUGCUGCAUCCAUAAACUCGAGUUGUAAUAUUUCUAAUUCAGACGUUGCAACUUCCAGAACAGCUGCUGAACAUGAUGCUUUGGAAAACCUUCAUGCUCCUACAGUAUCAGUCAAUAACUAUGGUGCUAGUGUUAAUUCUAUAUCAGAGGAUAUGGGUGGUUACAAUCAGUUAUUAACACACAAUAGAUCACUUGGAAAACCUGUAAGCUUAUCUCCAAAUGUAAAAACAUUUUGUGAAAUUGUAGAAAAGGUAACUGGUAUUUUCAAAUUUUUAGAUGGACAUUAUAUUUGUUUUAGUUGUCACACCAAAUGGCCAGAGAAGACAAAAUUUUGGUGGCAUAUUUGGUUUCACUUGCAUCAAGGAAAAAAGCUUUGUGGUAAAUGCAGUGGUGAUAGGGAGAGUCUUACAUGCUCAAAAGUUAAACAAGUCAUGACUAUUAUUGAUAGUGUAAGUGUAGAUAAAAAUAAUCCAGGUCAGAUUCCACUACAGACAACUAAAAUACAGGAACAGAAUCAAGGUAACCCCAAUUUUUGUGAUGCAUCUCCAAAUACCACCUCUAGCACUAAAGUAAAACAAGAUGAGCACAUCUUACCUGUUGUUGAUUUUAUAAGAGACCAAAGUCAUCAGACUAUGACCAAUGAAAAUCACCAAAGCCUAUCUACUUCACAGUCCAUGUCUACAACAGUAUUCAACCAAGGAAACACGGUAAACCAAGAAACAUAUUCAAAUGAAAUUCAAACCUUGGCAAAUAAAAAUCAUCAAAAACUGUCAGUUCAACAUUCUGGGUAUACAAAUAGAUUGGACACUAAAAUAUGUUCAAAUGAGAUUCCUAUUUUGGAAAAUACAGCGCCAUCAAGAACAUCACCUGAACAAUCCACACCUCCUACAACAUUUUAUCAAGACAUGAACCAUACAGGUCAUCAAAGAUUAUUGCGCAUGUCUUCAACACUAUCACAUAAAGAAAUGUUCUCUAAUGAAAAUAAAUCAACAAGUACUCAAAAUCAUCAGACAUCACCAACCAAUCGAUCCAUGGAUUCGUCAGAAAUGCAGAUAGAAAUGAACUUGAGUGAAAAGGAAGUCAUGAACAGUACCAGCCUUCAGGGAAUUGUGCCCCAGCAAUCUGGGUCUUCAAAACAUUUAAUCAAUCUGUUAUCCUCAAAUGGGAAUAGAAAUAACCCUUCUCAAUUGACUCAACAAACAAAGCAACAAUCCAUGUUUUUAAAAGGUUUGAUUCAAACUGGAUCUCCCAAAAUAGCUAAUGCUUCUAGUCUAGCCAGUCAAGUCAAAAGCAAUACUAGUCCUCAAGGAGUUUUGCCCCAGCAAUCUAGAUCAUCAACCAUUUUAAUCGAUCUGUUAUCCUCAAAUGGAAAUGGAAAUAACCAUUCUCAAUUUACUCAACAAACACAGCAACAAUCUAUGUUAUUAAAUGGUUUGAUCCAACCUGAAUCUCCAAAAAUAGCUAAUGCUUCUAGUCAAGUUGAGAACAAUACUAGUCCUCAUGGGGUUUUGCACCAGCAAUCAGGGUCUUCAAUUCAUUUAAUCAAUCUUUUAUCCACAAAUCAACCUGUUACAGGCAAUGGAAAUAAUCAUUCAGUAUCUCCGGUAACAAUAAAUCAGGAAACAUGUUCAAUGAGCAUUCAACCAUUGUCAAACAGCAUUGAAAAUCGUCUUUCUAUACAACAGCCCCAGUCUGAACAAAGGCUAGAAACAGGCACAAGAGACACACCAGUAAACAUAGUGAAAAAGUUUAUUGCAAAUAAUGGUGUUAUGAACACUCCUAAAAAUAUGACUUCUGAAGCAUUUGCCAAAAAGAAACUGGAAAUUGCUAGCAAGAUUAAAGCUUUAUUGCAAAAAAUAAGGGAAGAGAACAAUAAGCUACCUAUUCCUGAUCCCCCCCAAAAUAAAGCUACGAGACAUCUGAUGAGUUUGGAUCUGCUGUCAAAAAUAAUGGUAAAUGCAGCAGAAAGUAGUAAAGUUUCACAACAUUCUUGUAGCGAUGUGGGUGGUGAUGCAACUCCAAAACUAGUGGAUGUGACCAUAUCUUCUGAAUUUGUAGUAGAACCAGACUCGUUUGUUCCUGAGAAAAAACCUAUUAUGUUUAAAUGUAAACCAGUUACAAAACAGCCCCAAUUGUAUGCAUGUUCGUGUUGUCGGUUUUCUACACUUCUACAUAUGAAGUUCAAAAAGCAUUUGUUAUCAGAACAUCGCCAACGGUCAAUUAUGUGUGUCCAUUGUGGUUUUAAAUCUAAGGCUGUAGAAAUUUUUAUUAAACAUUUGCAACGCCAUACACAACCCAUUAAUCCUAGAAUUCCGGCUUUUAAAUGUCUCUCUAAGAGAUGCUUGUAUCAGUGUAAUACUUUAAAUGACUUUAUAAAGCAUCUGAAAACACAUGAAGAUUACGAUCACAAAUGUCAUCAUUGUGAUAAACAGUUUGCUACAUUAGAAGAAUUACAUCAACAUUACAAGUCGAGUUUCUUCACAAUUGUCUCCUGUCCAACCUGCCGUGCCAGAUCCACAGAUAAACAGUCAAUUUUAGAUCAUAUUUCUAGGCAUCAUCCUAACAAAGGUCGAAUGGUUUCAGUGCUGAAACAGCUUAUAUGUAAAGCAAGAAUGGAAAAUAACUUUGGGAAGAUGGUGCAUAUACAAAAUGAAUGGGAUAACCCCGAUUCAGACAAUGAUGAUAUCCAAAUUUUGGAAGCAAUAGACUGUGAAACAAGUGUCUCUUGUGAAACUCACAAAGAUUUGGGACAUCAGAAUGAGGAAAUUAGUGCUGAUUUACAAAGUGACAAAUAUAGUAAACCGGCUUUAGAAAGUGACAAAAUUAGCAAACAGACCUUAGAAAGUGAUGAAAAUGAUAUACCCUGUGCAGAAAGUGACAAACAUAUCUCAUGCAGUUCACAAAAUGGUAAGAACGCAAAUUACAGCUCAAAAGAUCUGAAAACAAACAAAUGCUGUAACAAAAACAUUGCUGAAAAUACCCAACAAAUAGAACCCUUUACCCUAUGUUCAGAAAUGACAGAAGAUGUUGAACAUGGAGAAGCAGCCGUGUGUGGAAAUGAAGUCAAUUCAUUAUCCUAUGAUUUUGGUUUUAAAUGUAAUUUUUGUUCGUUUGUGGCUAACAGAAGUACAUCUCUUGAUAACCAUAUUGCCAAACAUAACCAAUGUCAAAUAUCCACUUACCCAAAAGACUUCUGCUGUACAAUCUGUCCAGCAACUUUCAAUGAACUGGCUGAUUUGGAGAACCACUUACAGCAUCAUGAUGAUAAAAUCUCAUUUACCCUUUAUGGAUGUAAUGUGGAUGAAUAUAAAUCCAAUGUGUACAGCAACAUUAUGAGUCAUUUGAAAGAACAUCAUCAUGUGUCUUGUGAUAACAAAGAUAUGUAUUCUGAAGGAACUGUAGUAUUAGAAUCAAAAGUAAUUCAGUGUCCAGAUUGUGCUUAUAAAUGUGUUAAUAAAACUGUUCUAACUGAACAUCUCAAAAAACACAACCGUUCUAGAACCAAAAAAUCAAAAUCCCGUCUGCCUUCUGGUACAGAUAUGGUUGAUAGUGACAAAAAGGUACAUAUUGUUUAUCCUGCAUCUAAGGUAAAUUCUCAAAAUGGCAAAGAUUCUGAUAUGUUGGAUAGCAUUGUUUCAGAAUUGUACAAACAUGAAAACUGUUUAUAUCUUUGCAAAGUUUGUGAGAAAUCAUUUAAAUUUAAGAAAGCAUUGCAUGUUCACAUAUGCUACCAUAUAGACAUUCCAUUUAAAUGUGUGAAGUGUGCAUUUUCAGCUAAACAAUUAGCUAUAGUUAUUUCUCAUGUGAAGGAUGAACACAGUGUGGAAGAUGUAAGCAUUCUAUUUUCGGACAAGAUGAAAGACAGAGUAAAAUCUUUGCUUACAAUUACAAAGACUGUGGAUAAUAGUAUAAACCAUGUUGAUCCUAAACCUGUACUAAAACCACGUCGUAAAUUCUUUGUUCGUGGUUCAAGUGGUAUAAUUUCAAUAACUGUAAACAAGAAGAGCGAAAAAGAAUAUUCAGAGCAACUCAAUUCCAAAGAUAAUGCAAGUCCUAAUACAUCUGUGAAUCCUGAACGUGCAGAAGGUCGUGGGAUGGAUUUAGUAGAUACUAGUAACACCGAGGCUUCAAGAUCUUCAGGCUCAAGAUAUCAGCAUCAGCUAGAUGUAGAUUACAACAGUGCAGAUGAGGAACUAUCUAAAAAUAAAGCCAGAAAGCGUCACAAUUCUAAUAAUGUGAAAACAAAGAUUCCCCCCAAGUCUUCUGUUGAUGAUUCUUCUCUGUUUAUGACCAAUAUAGAUAAAAUUACUAAUACAUCUGUGAAUCCAGAACGUCCCAAUACAUCUGUGAAUCCAGAACGUGCAGAAGGUCGUCGGAUGGAUUUAGUAGAUACUAGUAACACCGAGGCUUCAACAUCUUCAGGCUUAAGAUAUCAGCUGGAUGUAGAUUACAACAGUGCAGAUGAGGAACUAUCUAAAAAUAAAGCCAGAAAGCGUCACAAUUCUAAUAAUGUGAAAACAAAGAUUCCCCCCAAGUCUUCUGUUGAUGAUUCUUCUCUGUUUAUGACCAAUAUAGAUAAAAUUACUAAUACAUCUGUGAAUCCAGAACGUCCCAAUACAUCUGUGAAUCCAGAACGUGCAGACGGUCGUCGGAUGGAUUUAGUAGAUACUAGUAACACCGAGGCUUCAACAUCUUCAGGCUUAAGAUAUCAGCUGGAUGUAGAUUACAACAGUGCAGAUCAGAAACUAUCUAAAAAUAAAGCCAGAAAGCGUCACAAUUCUAAUAAUGUGAAAACAAAGAUUCCCCCCAAGUCUUCUGUUGAUGAUUCUCCUCUGUUUAUGACCAAUAUAGAUAAAAUUACUCAAAAAAAAUCCAGGAAUAAAUCGGGAAAGAAGAAUGAGACUGAUUCAGAGAGUUCAGAGCUUAUUAAAUUUGAUACAGAGCUAAAAGACAACGAGGAGAAUCAAAAGAAUCAAAAGAUGGUUCCAGUUGCAAAACUGGUAUCUCAUAUGAAAGAUAAUAGUAAUCCUCAGCUGUCGAGUUCUCCACAUUGUACUCUAGUUGCUUCACCAAAAAGUUCCAAAUCAACUUUAAAGAAGAAGCGAUGUAGUUCCCCUCUCAAACUUAAAAUGAAUUUUAAGCUGAAAAAGAAAUCUUUGCUGCCAUCAAAUUAUAAAUGUCCAAAGUGUGAUUUCAUGACAAGUUUUAAUGAAGAGGUCAUGAAAAAACACUUGAAGCAACACAAAGUGGAAAGUGUUUAUGAAUGCAAUAAAUGCUCUGUGAAAUUUCACUCAUUUCAGCAAAUUGAAAUCCACAGUAAUGUUCUUCAUCAUGGAGAUGUGGACUUCAAAGCUGUGCCAGUUCUAGAUAUACCACUUAAGGGAGUUUUCAAAAAAGUUAAAAGAACCUUGACGAAUAAACCACAAACUGGUGUAAACUAUAACAGUAAAAAGGAAACCAAACAAAUUCCGAAGGUGGAUGAUGAAGGAAAGGCAGAUAAGCAAUCCUGUGACAUCAAAGUUCAAAGACCUCAAUCCAGUUUUAAAACUGCACUGAAAAUAGUAGGUAGAUCUGAAAAUGACACAGAAGUUUCGGUUGAAAGUUCAAAUGCAAUGAAACGAAAAUCUCUAGGAGAUAGUGAAGGAACAACACCGUUACUUUACUGUGAAACCAGCAUAAGUAAUGAGAUGUCAAAAAAUAAACCUCAAGCUGAUGGCAGUAAAGUAUCAAUUUCAAAACCAAAAGAUGAACCUGUAGUUGAUGAACUACCAAAUACAAUGACUCUGAAACGAAAAUCUCAUGAGGAGAGUGAAGACAAGGCAGCAAAACGGUUGUGUACACGUGAUGGCAAUGCGGCAUAUGAGUUGUGUACAUCCGGCACAAUUAAUGAGGAAAUGAUGGCUGAUGAAACUGGCAGUGAUGUGGCAAAAGAAGCCAGGACUAAAUGUGAUGAAGACACAACAGGAACACCCGAUUUUGCGACAACAGAACUAUCAGGAAAGAAGAAAUCGCAUAAAGGAGAUUUACGUCCAUCUCUCUUUGUGGUCAAAAAGGCAGUUAAAACCAAAACGACUGCCUCCCUAGGCCAAAGUAAUAUGCAGAUAGGUUGCCGUUACUGUCAUAAAUUAUUUACAAGUAUUUUUAAUAUCGCCAAGCAUGUGAGCAUUCGACAUGUGGGGAAGAAAGUGUUGUGGACAGAUACUCUUUCUGGAUGUGUUUUUAAUGAAACUGGUACCCAUAUGAAGUCAUCUGAGAACUGUAAUCACCAAAACAAAUUUCUUUGUGGCCACUGUGAAUUUAGAGGUAAUACCAGAGGCAGUGUUAAAUAUCAUUUGAAAGAUGUCCACUGUGGAAACUUUAAGAAUUGGAUCAAAUUAUCUGGAGAGAAAGAAGAACCAAGUACUCAACCUUUGGAGUCUAAAGCCGGACCUUCUUGUGAUCAGCAGACAGUCGGCAUAAAAUACAAAUGUCCAGUGUGUAACUAUAAAAUCGGCAAACUCGACGUCUUUAGUAGACAUUUGGCUAAACACAAAAGAUUUAAAAAAAUCUCCAAAGUUUGGAUGUGGAAAUGCAGCAGCUGCUCAUUAACCAUGGCAAAAAAGAAAAAGGCUGAGGAACACUCGAGCAAGUGUAGUUUGCAAAUCAACGACUCAAAGUCCAUUGUCCGUUUAAACGUAAUACGUAUGGUAGAUCUAAAACCGUCUUUGAUGCUAUCAAAUGAUGUACAUCAUUUAGGGUAAUCUAAAAACAUUGUAUUCUUUUUUCAUAUAAACAAUAUUUAUUAAAAGAAAAAGAAAACAGAAUACAAUGUAAUAUGCAUAUCCAUGCGUGUUUUAGAUUACAUUGUAUUCAACCACUAUUGAUUAAAUUGACAAGCUAUGGUAACCAUGACAAAGUAUUUUUAACUGAUAAUUAUCUAUUUGUAUAUCUGGAAUAGUUUAAUAUGAAUGUUAAUUUGUUCAUGGACCUUAUAAUACAUUGUGUUAUAAGGUCCAUGAUUUGUUAUACAGGACGUGUCGAUAUGGUUGAUUAGUUGUGUAUUUUACUAUUCUAAUCUAUAUCUAACUCUGUGGAAGAUCACGUACAGUAUUGGUCUUCGUGUGACGCCAUAUCGUACAUCUUUGAUAACAUGUGCAUUGUUUACAUCGGACGUAGUAACAUAAAUUGGUCCGGACAGAAUUGGUGCCUUUUACUUAUUUUAUGCCUUCGCGUACUAUUUUAUUUACCCAUUCAAACUAAAUAGGGACUAAUUCAGUGUCAAUCUGUCUGUGUUACGGCAUCAGUUGUAAACAGCGCAUGUACUAUCAAAGCGGUAUGAUGUGACGUCACAUGCAGUGGCGGUGCUAUUAAAGGUGGGGUGUAUCUGGUCUGCCAGAUGUUUCAAAAUAUUCUCGGGAAGGUCCCCAUUGCAAGUCCAUUCGUUUGACACUUUCUUCUCUGGUCGGGUAAACUAGUGAUCAGCCGACGGACGGUAUGUUGUCAGCUCUAUUUAUGUCGACAAUCGGUGCCAGCCCCCCUGGCCUUAUUUAAAGCUAUUGCCUUUGUCCCUCCCAUUUGCGCCGCCACUGGUCACAUGUAGACCUAUUCUGCACGUGAUCUUAAAAGGAAUGUCAUCUUCUACGGAAUUUAAAGAAGGCUAUCGCAUUACACCGCUGUCAAACAGAUUGAAAAUACACAACAAAUCAACCAAAAGCGACAUGUGUAUAUAAAAAAUUAUGACAGUUUUCUGGUAUUUAUUGUACUUUCAUAAACUAAAUGUAUUUGUUGCCUCUUCAUAUAUAGUUGUCUACAAACUUCUACUAUAAAUAAAAGGCAUUUAAUAAUUGUAUUAAACUUAUGAUGCCAAACAGUUGUAUUUAGUACAUGUAUAUUAUAUUCUAUGUUGGUGCUUUCUGAAAUUCUUCCGUUAAUGUAUUUAAAAUUUUAAAAGCACCUAUAUAAUUAUAGUUUCUUCAAUUGUAUAUAUUUAGUUCAAAUCCGCUGAUCGUCAUUUGCCUUUUUUGGACAAAUUUUUCACACUAAAUUGUACUCAGAUUGAUUAUUUAAACUGUGAUCAAGAAAACAAAAUAAAAUAUCAAUGGUAGGUAAUCAACCGGCGUUAACUUAAUCGUAUUAAAAAGACGCUCGUGAAAAUAUUUUAGAUAAGAUUAUAGGUGGCUCUGGCUUGCGUUGACUACAUCCCGUUUAUCACACUGAUCAGCAGUGAAUAUUCGCUGAGCCGCUUUAUAUUGUCUGCAGAGGAUGUCGGAUAUUGAUAAUUUUCAAUCCCCAUUAUCUUUGUAAAUACUGAACGGAAUUGUACCACUUUGAGUCUAAUAAUGUUUAGACUUUCACAAAAUUGUAGUUUACAGCGGAUUACAAAUCCCCCAAUUGACGAUCAGAUUGUUUUAAUAAUUCAAUUACUGCAAUUAUUAUUUAUUAUGUAUUUGUUUGCAUAAUAUUGUUUACCUUGUUUUGUGUAGGCCUAUUGGUCAAUUUGUUUUAUUGAAGAUUAUGAUGAUAU